GCAAGUGAUAAUGUCAAAAAUGUAAUAAACAGUCGGGAAAAGUAGGCCAUGGCGUACGUUAGCUUAUGUGGUAUUUCAUUUUACAGCGUCAAAUAAACCGCUAUUGUGUUUCUUUCAACCGAUAUCGCCAUGGAAUUAGUGGACAUUGAAGAAUGUCAACCCGAGGGAACGGCGGCCGGUCGGAAGAAGAGUUUAUGGGCAAAAAUUAAUAAUAGGACAACGUAUAGCUAUUUAAUUAAUAUUGUUAUUUCUAUUUUGUUACUUACGUGUUUAGUGCUAGUGCUGUACUUCUUCAAAGAGUACCUAAAGACAAUUUUAUAUUGGGUGGAUUUGCAAGACCCUAGGAUCAUAUUUUUAUUGUUUAUGGGAUUGUUUUUGAUCGUGAGCUUCCCGGUGACGAUCGGGUAUUUAGUGUUGAUAAUAACAAGUGGAUAUUUGUUUGGGAUUGUGAAGGGACUCGGUACGGUGGUUGUGAGUGCGAACUUUGGAGUGGCGGUGGCUCAUUUUACGCUCAAAAUGCUCCGAGGAUAUCUUCCCUUGGGCCGUCUUCUUAAGAACGAAACGGCCCGAGCGUUGCUCAAAGUGAUAUCUGGACCACAGGCAUUUAAAAUAGUUUUCUUCGCCAGACUAACACCUAUACCUUUUGGUGUGCAGAAUACAAUAUUUGCAGUGAGCGAGGUGGGCGGGUGCAGCUACCAUGUUGCGACGCUGCUGGGUCUGCUGCCGGCGCAGGCCAUCAAUGUGUACCUCGGCUCAACGCUGCGUUCAAUGCACGAUGUUCUUCACGAGUCGCAUCUCACCGGAUACAUCGUCUUUGCAUUUCAGAUACUUAUCGGGAUAACGCUGAUGGUGUGGGUUGUGCAGAAAGCCCGCAAAGAAUUGACCAUCGCGAUAAUGGCGGCGGAACUCGGACGAGACACGCUGUCGAGUUCCAGCAGUUCCUCUAUCAGCUAGCCCUCGGCCCGGGGCACGGAACUCGACAGUACCUCGGAGAGGACCAGCUAGUGCACGGCCCCCGGGUGCCUCGCCACCUGCUAUAAUGAAACCUACGUAUGAAGUGAUCAGGUUCACUUUCCUGUGAUAUUAAGUUUACGUACCUCUAAGAGGAUUAACUGACUCGACUGACAGAUGUCGGUUGCCAGCUGUCAACGAUGACAGCUCCGGUUGUCAGAAUGUGUCACUCGUUCGGAAACGUGCAUUUAUUUAUUGUAGAUAUAUUCAUUUCGUAAUUGAUGAAGAUUUUAAUGUGUUCCAGAUUAUUGUAAUUGGAUGAGUUGUGAUGAUUAUAGAAUUAUUGACCAAAGUAUGAAAACGUAGUCAAGGUUACAGAUAAACUUACGUGUAUUAUAAGAAUUUGUUUUG